CUCGCAAGCAGCAAAUAAAGUUGAAGGUCGCAGGGGUAAUACUAUUUGGCUGAACAACACUGCGAGUGACAGCAAAAAAGCAUAAGAAGGGGGCAUGCCCGCUCAGAAGCCUUUCGAGCCCAGAUCCCGCAACAACCGAUAUUCGAGCACCUCUGGCAUUCAUGAAGCAGUGGACCCUUCUGUUUUUGAGUAUGCCUCUCGUGCACCUGGUCUCAACUGAAGCUACUGUGAGAAACAAUGCUCCGGGACAAAAGGUCACAUUCGAACUAAAGCGAUAUUAUUCGAAGGCAUAUUAUGCGCAAUGGAAUCCCAAUAGUUAUUGGGAUAUGAGGUCCUGCUAUCAGGAAAUUUGCACCAAAGCAGCUGGAUCCCCAAAUGACGGGAUACAAGAUAUUUUGAACGGGUUUCGUUCGUUGUGCUCCUACGGCCACCUUCCACCGACACAGAUCGGGCAUGUCGACACAUAUUGGCCCACAAAAGGCCUGAAGGUCCAAGAGGUAAAGACGUAUUGCUUGUGUACGACGCAAUUGGUCUUUGAUAAAUUGACGGUGGACUGGGCGAAGGGGGCAAGGUGCAACCCGGAGGAGAUAAGCAAAAGACUGAAGGAACAUCUGAUGAAUCUGGAUCAUGGGUUCCGUGACGGAUCACAAAUUCUCUCCAUCACAUGGUUAGCUUCAGAAUGACAUCCUCCAUAUGUGAUGAAAAGUGAUAAAUUGAAGAGAGACUUUGCCUUCUAUAGUUGCAAUAUCACCUGUGCAAAUAUUUCUCUGGUUCGAGGGUCAGCCAUUGAUACCGUACCCAAUGGUCGGUGAGCUUCGGCAGUUCAGCUACAACUCCAGCAGGGUAUUUGAUGAAGACUUUCACUCUCUUGAAGAAGAGUGCGGCAGCGAUAUCUGGCCGGCGAAUAGACUUCUUGCGUCGGCGCUCAGUGGCUUCAGCAUCACUAAUACCCUCUUCGAAGAAUCAGAGUCUGGCGUCUUGAUAAGUUGAUAGAGAUCAUAGUCAAUUCGCUCACCAUGGCCG